GGGCAGCGGCGGGGCCGGGGCAGCGGCGGGGCCGGGAUGCAGCUCCCGGCAGGCCCGGCCGGCCUGGCCGCCCCUCUGCUGGCGCUGCCGGUGGCCCUCGGUGCCAGCGGGGUCACGGCGCUGCACCCCGCAGCGCUGGCCCUGCUGGUCACCCUGGUGCUCCUCGGCCUCGUCUCCUUCCUCAUCCUCACCGGCAGCUUCAGCCUCUUCCAGGACCCCCUGUACUGCGUGUUGGUGCUGUUCUCCUUCGUGUCGGCCGUGGAUCUGCUGAUCGCGCUGGAGGAGGACGGGCUCAUCUCGGGCUUCGCCGAGCUCUACCUGCGAGAGGGCGAUCCCCACCUGCGCACGGCUCACGGGCUCCUCACCUGCUACUGGGACGGCUCCGUGCACUACGGGCUGUGCCUGGCCAUGGCCGCGGCCGCGGGGCGCAGGAAGAAUUACCGGAGCCUGGGACUCUUCUGGCUGGGCUCGAUGCUGAUGAGCGCCGUGGUUUUCCUGCUGGGAAACCUGAUCGGCAAAUACAGCCCCGAGCUGAGCCCGUCCUUCCUCCUCAACCUGCCCUACCUCCUCCUCCUCACCUGGGCCGGCCUCCGGCUCUUCCAGCAGCCGCGGGCGCUGCCCAACCUCAGCCCCGAGAAGAUCGCAGAGGAGCAGAGCAAACCUCUGCACCGGCGGCCUCAGGAUGUGCUGCUCAUCCUCUUCCUCAUCCUCACCGCCGCCUUCACCUUCUUCAGGGGGUUGGUGGUCCUGGACUGCCCGGCUGACGCGUGCUUCGACUACACCUACCUGCGCGAGCCCUACCUGCGCGACCCCGUGGGCUACCCCAAGGUGCAGAUGCUGCUCUACCUGUUCUACCUGCUGCCCUUCCUGCUCCUCGCCGUGUACGGGCUGGCGCUGCCCGGCUGCUCCUGCCUGCCCGACUGCAGCCUCGUGUGCGCCGGGGCCGUGGCGCAGGCUCAGUUCGCGCACCUGGGCUCGUCUCUGCACCCCCGCACGCCGUUCCCGUACCAGACCCCGGACGAGGCGCUCUGGGGGUUCGCGGUGUCCAACGCGCUGCUGGCGCUGUGCCCGCAGCUGCUGGCGCUGCGCUGCCUGCGCGCCCCCGCCUUCUUCGCGCCCCGCGCCGCGCCGGGGCUGGCCCGCCACAAAAAGCGACAGUGACGCGUCCUGCUGUCCCCACGGCGGGUCCUGCUGUCCCCAGCCCUGGUCCUGCUGUCCCCAGCCCGGGUCCUGCUGUCCCCUGCAGCUGCUGUCCCCAGCCCGGGUCCUGCUGUCCCCAUCCCGGGGGUUUCU